GCGACAGGUGACACUUUGACAGAUAGGUUACAUUUGAUUGACAGCUUUUUCCAUUUUUUUUGCUAAUGUAUUUUUUAGAAAAAAUAUGCAGAAUAUGUGUUCGACCUGGUGCUCCGCUGGUGGACGUCGAGACAGUCGAUUUCGACAUGGUGAGGUUAAGUGAGAAAUUGGAAAUUUGCGCCAAUUUGGCCAUUUCAGACGAUUCAAUUUCAAGUGAGAUAUGUGAAAAAUGCCUGAACAAACUACGGGUUUCUUAUCAUUUCCUCGACAUGUGCAAGAAAAGUACCAACAUUCUUUAUGGAUACGUAGAAAAACUUCAAGAUAGCAAAAACUCACAAUUUGAUAAUUGUAAUUUGCAUGUUGCGCUCGAAAAGCUGCCUGAAGGUGAACUAGUCGACGAUGAACACACUGAUGUUAACAGAAAUAUAGUGGAUUUGUUCAGGAAAGUGUCGGACGUUUCUAAUAAAAUAAGCAGAAGAAAUUCUAAUUUGAAGAGAAAGCAGCGGAUUACCAAGGGACAGAGGAGUUAUUUACUCCAGCAGUUACUAAAGACACCUAAAAAGGACGGACGCAAGUCAACAUCCAAAAUGGGCCAUUAUCAUCGAAGUGCUUUGAGGGACAUCCUGGAUUUUACAAUAAACUAUAAGUUUAGCUGUGAAAUAGGCAAGCAGGAAAACAGAGUCCAACAAAGGAGAAACAAAAGCCCUCUGGACAAUUUGGUUGAUUUUUCAGAAAACUACUUUAGAAGGGAUUUCUCAGAGUUUAAAAACCACAUCCUGUGCGUUAUUGAAAAUCAACGCUUUAAUGAGCAUCGACUUAGUUUUUCAUUAGAUGACGACUAUGGGACGCAAAGUGAAUCCGAACAGGAAUUAGAAUUUGAGAACGUUGUGGUGGAGCCUGAUAUUGAAAUUAAAUGCGAAAAAUCUGACUAUGAUUAUGAAGAUUCACACCGCCAGUGUCUCUUAAACUGCCUAGAAACCUCCUUCGAAGAAGAGGAUGUGAUAGUGAAAGUUGAAGAUCCGGAGUCAGCAAAAUGUGGCCAAUCCUUGGUAAUAAAAAAAUCUGGUUCAGCUUUAAAUGAAUCUCAAGUUCUCGAUAAAAAGGACCUUCAUGGUACAAGUUUAGCAAACUUCCAGAGUAGCAUAUGCAGAAGCCCUUCAUCGGCAGUUUUGCUUCUGGACAGGUUAGUGUCGAGUUACCCCAUUGUAUCCAAAAAAGUGUUUUCGCCUAGUAAUGUUCGAUGCAGAACGAGAAAUCAUCCCUAUAUCAAUCCCAUGUUGAAAAAUCAAUUUUUGUUUAGAAAUUUCAACUGUGAGAGAUGUAAUAAGUCGUUUAAAAGUCAGGGCUAUCUGAAUGCGCAUGUUUCCAAAGUUCACUAAACUAGAAUGUUUUCAAUUAAUCGUUAUUAGAUCGAGUACUUUGGGUGAAGAACAAACACUAAUUUAAUUUGAAAAAUCAAAGUAAUCAACCCGAAAUAAAAAUGUCGGGUUAUUUUGUAUUUCCUAUUCGACUGUUUUGUAUUAAGCGGUUCUGAAUACUUAGGCUCAAGCUCUUGUGAAUUUGCAUCGAUUUCCAAAACGUGUUGUGGAUCAUUAGCAAGGAAAUGCUCCCAAUUUAAUUUAUUUUUUGUGGUUUGAGGCGUUCGUUUGAGAAUAAAUAUAAAAUCGAAGGGCUUCAAUAAUAUUCGUUCAUUUAAUUAAAUUUUUAUUUUAAUAAAUUGAAAACUCAUUCAAUUUCCUACCGACAGCAAAGGUUUUAUAGUGUGCAACAAGAGAGUAUGGCGACUUUUAUCUUAUAAUCGGCAAAAAUCUUUUACAUAUGGCUUGUUAGUGAGCAACAAUAUCAGUUAUUACAUUGUAGUAUCUUAAUUUACUUAAUAGUGAAUAUGUUACAGUUGAUGCAAAUUUGCAAGCACUUUUUUACUAUAACUAAAAGUAUUAUCUGUAUAUUGGCAUUAAAUAAUUGUUGUGAAAUUAAUAUGUAAACAAAUGUGAUUCUAUAUGCGUCCUAUGUAAGAAGUUAAGAUUGCGAGGACACUGAACAAAGCAAAGGAUUUUUAUUAUGUGAACUAGUCAAAAUUAGUUUGUUUUGUUACAACUUUCUUGAUCCUCAACGUUCAGUGUCUUUGCCACGUUAAUCAAUAUAUUCCGAAUUAUUGUUGUUUUUUUCAUACAUUUAUAUAUCUUGAAGAAUUGCGAAGUUUAGGUGUUAUGGAAUAAGCCGUACUACUAUUGUUCAAUCCGAAUUUAUACAACCCGUGAUUAUGAAUGUUUCAUAUAUAACAUGUACCUUAUCUGAAUUAUUACAUAUAUUGUUCGCUAUGUAUCUUGUAGAAUAUAUUUUUAUUUUGUUACAAUUAUUUUUAAUAAAUCUUUUUAAGAAGUUUAA